AUGCUUCAAUCCUUUAGUUAUGGCGGUACUGCUGAGGUAAAGGCAGCAGGAGUUUUGUAUCCAGUGAGGUUCGAAGUUUAUGAACGUAAUACGGGUAUUCUGAGGGGUGUAUUUGGCAGAGAAGGAUAUGCAAUAAAGCGUUUACUUCUUUCAGGCAAUUUAUCAUCCGGUCAUUAUGAUUUUUGUUCGCCAAUAGGGUCCGAAGAAUUACCUAAUAAUACAUACGAUAAUAUGAAGGCAAACUUGGUAAAAAAAACACAGAAUGCAAAGGUUGGUCGUCCAAAACGUAAUAAAGGUGGUCGUCCUAAAAAGUCUGAAAAGUCCCGCUCAGAACAAGUACUUGAAGCUAAACAGAAAUACAAGCAAACUCAUCCUAAAAUUAAUAGGUCAGCUAUAGUGGAUUAUAUUAUUGCGACGGACCUCGAGGAAUUUCAAGGUCAACAUCUUCAAGUCAAUAACGAACUCGCAAUCCCUGCUACUUCAGUGUACUCCAUGGCAUAUACAUCUGAGUCACCCACGCCACAAUCCAUAUCGUAUUCGUAUACUCCUAAACACGCUGCGUCUUCACUAGCUCCUGAGUCUGGUGAUACACUUACUCAAAAAAUUCUUUCUGUUCCUCGGAAUCGAAAAUCGUCAGAAGACCUUAAAAAAUAUAAUAAAGAGAAAAAACGUGUAUGGAGAAACAAAGAAGACGUUACAAUUAAGGAGAGAAUAAGAAACAGACUGUCAAAGAGAUUACAAAGGUCACAAGAAUUAAAAAGGAAACGUGACAAUGUACGUAUUCGUAACUCAGCUGCUCAUCGUGUGUUACGAAAGGACCCUGUAUACAGGGAAAACGAGCAAGCUCGUAACACGGCUGCUCAUCGUGUGUUACGAGAGGACCCUGUAUACAGAGAAAACGAGCAAGCUCAUAACACGGCUGCUCAUCGUGUGUUACGAGAGGACCCUGUAUACAGGGAUAAAGAGCAAACUCGUAAUACAAUUGAACAUCAAUUAAAUAGGCAGGAAUCAGAUUACGUUGAACGUGAGAAAGAGACGUGUAAUUUUAGGAAAAAUACUCAUGUACGUGAUUGGAUGGCCGUACGUCAAAAAUUUUUUGAUAAUAUUACAGAUGGUCACACGAAUAUCUGUUCCUGUUGCGGUCGUUUGUGGCACAAAAAUUCGCUUAGAAUCAUGAGAAAAGAUCAGUUGCAUAAGACAUUUUCAGAUCAAAACCUAAAUGAUUUAUUUCUAAUCAAUACAUCUGGUGACUACGGUUCAUUUUGUUAUACGUGUCAAAAAUAUCUAAAAGAUGGCAAAAUACCACGGCUUGCCAUGUAUAAUGGUUUAACUUAUCCUGUAAUUCCAGAUGUUCUGCAACGUCUUACUCCACUUGAGGAACGCAUUGUAUCACCACGACAUAUAUUCCUUAAAAUAGUUAGGCGAGGUCAAGGUCUCGGUUUCCAACAUGGAUUGGUAGGGAAUGUAGUGAACGUUCCAGUCGAUGUUAACACUAUGGUCUCAGCGUUACCAAGGCAUGUGUCUGAUAGUCAAAUAAUAACACUUGUUUUGAAACGAAAAAUGUGCUACAAACACGGUCGUCAAGAGCGUAUUCGUCCUGCAAUAGUGAGAGAAGCAGCAAAAUAUUUAGUCCAGACAGACUUAUUUAAAGAAUUGAAAAUUACAUAUGAUGAUAACUGGGAAUAUGACGACGAAGUUGAUUAUGAUGAUGAUCGUACAGAUAACAAUGAAUGCACAUGUGAACUUGAAGAAUUAAUAGAUGAACCAGUAAAUCCCGGUAAUGCUGAAACUUUACUUGAUAAUGAGCAGGAUGUCGUCAUUACAAUGGCACCCGGUGAGGGUAAGUACCCACUAUCACUACUGUAUGACGAUUUUCUUGAAGAAUUAGCUUUCAUUAAGAUUCAUGGUGGAAUUAAACGGCAGUUUAAAAUAAAAUUGAGUUCCUCUGAUAUAAUGAAAUCUGAAAUAAGUCGGCAUGAUAGAAGGGCUAUGCGGCCUGAUUAUUUGUUUACUUUAUUAAAGAAACAACAGAUGGCCCAAAUAGGUGGACAGAUAGCUAUUUGUCUUCGAAAGAAGACCGUCAACGGCGCUCCUAUUUUUGUAAACAAUCUUCUUAAUGACGACUACUUACAAAACCUCAUUCAGCAUGAUGAUGGAUUUAGAAUUCUUAGUAGUGUGAGAAAUUCCCCAGCACACUGGGAAAAAGAAAAGAAAAAAUUGUUAGCAAUAAUUAGGCAGUUCGGUGUCCCUACAUUGUUUAUGACGAUAUCCGCAGCUGAAACGCAAUGGCCUCAUUUAAUCAAACAGCUUAAAAUCACAGUUGAUAAAGAGAAAGUGUCUCUUGGGGAAGCACAAAAUAUUCCAUACGCAGAAAAGGUGCGACUCAUUCAGUCCGACCCAUUUAUAUGCGCUACUUUUUUCGAAACACGUUUUAAAGAAUUAAAAAGAACAUGGCUGUCUCUCGUUGGGCCUUUUGGUGAACGUAAAAUCAACUAUCAGUACCAUCGAAUAGAAUUCCAAAACAGAGGUUCUCCUCAUGCCCAUAUGAUGUUGUGGAUAGAAGAUGCGCCUAUCUUUGUUCCUGGAGAUCAAUCAUCAACUGAAAAGGUUAUAACGUUUGUUGACCAAAUCAUAUCCUGCAAUAGUGAAGAAUUAGAUGAAUACUUAGUUAUGAUACAAACUCACAAACACACACAUUCAUGUCAUUCCAAGCCUAGUCGUCCUUGUAGGUUUGGAAUACCUUUUUUUCCAAUGGAUAAGACACGUCUUUUGACGCCUCUGGAAGAAGAUAAUCCAAGAUUAAAAGAAUUGAAAGAAGUAUCUAAAAAAUUAAAGGACGACUUGGUUAAUAUUCCAUCACAUUUAACAUUUGAUGAGUACAUAGCAUCGACAAAAUUAAAUAUCGAAAAAUACCUAUGCGCAGUUAGAUCAACACUUAAACGACCCAAAAUAUAUCUAAAGAGACGCCCUAAAGACGUCAUGGUCAAUCCAUUUUGCAAAAAAGUAUUGGAAUUACAACGAGCUAAUAUGGAUUGCCAAUUUAUACUUGAUCCAUUUGCCUGUUCCGUUUAUAUUGUCGAUUAUAUUAACAAAGCUGAUCGAGGCAUGUCAAAUUUACUAAGAGGGGCGGUGGAAGAGGCCAAAACUGGCAAUAGUAGCAUAAGAGACUCUCUACGCGCUAUAUCAAAAGUAUUUCUGAAUUCUUCAGAAAUUUCAGCCCAAGAGACAAUUUACUGUCUGGCGGGACUUCCUCUGUCACAAGCCUCUGAGAGCGAUGUUUACAUAAACACAGGACACCCCAAUGAACGAGUGGGUAUUUUGAAAUCUUUAAUAGAUUUGCAGUCCUUGGAUCCAUCGUCCACAGACAUAUUCAAAAACAAUUUACUGGAUCAUUAUAAAAAUCGGCCACAUGAUCUAACGUUUGAUACAAUGAGUUUAGCUUAUUUUGCCGCAUAUUAUACUUUUUCAACUAAAAUUUUGUGUACACAUGAAGAUGAAAACACUGACCAUGAAGGUAUAGGAAAUUGGAUUGAGCUGUUAAAUAGUGAUGGAUAUGUACGAAAAAGAAGAAAAGCCAGGAUCAUACGUUUCCGAAGAUAUAAUAGAGUUCAAGAUCCUGACAAUUUCUACAGGGAACAGCUAAUGUUAUACAUAAACUGGAGGGAUGAAAUUACUGAAUUGGUCGAUGAAAUAAAUCUCGAACAGAAAUUUAUUGAACUUAGUGAUGAAAUCCGUUCAGAAAGUCUUCAAUUUAAUCAGUUGGGAGGACCAGAUGAAUUCGAGGCAUUAUUGGAUGCGAUUCGUAAUGUAGGUAAAGAUGAAGAGGAUGAGGAUAGUAUAGUAAAAGAAAAAGCUCGUCCUUUAGAUGAUUAUGAAUUUGAAACACAAGAAGGUGAUCCAGAUCAUUGUCUACAGUUACAUGGAAAUCAAUCGAAUUUAGUUGGAAAAACAAUUGCCCAACCAGCAGUAUUGUGUGAAGAUGAUAUAUUGAGUUUAGUUAGGAUAUUUAAUUGUGAUCAAAGACAUUUUGUAUUACAUGUAGGACAUAUUUUCACUCAAGAAUCACCAGCACCUUUUUAUUAUUUUGUUAGUGGUGGCGCUGGCGUAGGGAAAAGUUUGUUAAUUAAGGGUUUGUAUCAAUAUUUAAUGUUUAUGUUCAAUAGAGUUCCGGGUAUAAAUCCUGAUGAUGCUAGAAUUUUACUUUGUGCAUAUACGGGAAAAGCUGCUUUUGGAAUCGGUGGUCAAACUGUACACAGUACGUUUGGACUUCCAGUAUCCCAGUGUGGCCAAACAAUGCCUGAAUUAUCAGCAAGCACCGCAAACACCUUAGCAUGUAAACUUGCAAAAGUAAGAUUAAUUAUUUUGGAUGAAAUAUCUAUGCUGGGGAGUAGAACUCUGAACCAAAUUAAUAGGAGAUUGCAGCAAGUAUUUCACACAGAUGCGCCAUUUGCGGGUAUAUCUAUUAUAAGCGUCGGAGAUUUCAAUCAGUUACCUCCGGUAGGGGACAAUUGGGUAUUUCAGCCAAACAGUAGUCGAAAUCCAUUGGCACCCCUCGCUGGCGCUCCGUUGUGGGAACCAUUCCGUCUCUUUAUGAUGACUAAAAUAAUGCGGCAAAGAGAUGAUCUGGCAUUCGCAGUAGCCUUAAACAAUAUGGCUGUCGGUCGGAUGACUCCUAUGGAUAUAGAGUUAAUAAAUUCUAGAUGUUACAGUAUUAAUACUUUACCUAUUGAGGUACAUGGAGCGAUACAUUUAUUUGCAACCAACAAUGAAGUCGACAAAUACAAUAAUCAAGUAUUAUCUCGAAUGAACACUGAAGGGUGCUCGGUUAAAGCACUUGAUGUGGUUUCUGGAGCACCAAAUCCACAAGCUGCUAAAAAAGCCUUGCAAUCUGUAAAGGCUCUAGCUACAAUGCAAACGUAUGGUCUUCCUAAGAACUUGUUUUUACGAGUAGGUGCACGUUAUAUGGUAACUGUGAAUAUGGACACUACGGAUGGCCUUGUGAAUGGCACUACCGGAAUAUUAAAGGCUAUAGAUUAUGGUCGACACAAGAAAACAAGUGAAAAGCGGCCUUUACGUAUUUGGGUUCUGUUCGAUAAAAGUACAGGAAUAGCUACAAGAAGUAAAUGUCAAGUAACUUCUUGGAAACAUCGUCAAUAUCUCAAUUCGUAUUGGACGCCAUUAGAUGCUGUCACUUAUACUGUGAAACGGUGGAAAUCUUCAAAUCUUGUAGUGCAACGUACUCAGUUUCCAAUAGUACCAGCAGAAGGUAUUACAACUCACAAGUCGCAAGGUGCAACCUUAGAAAAAGUUGUGGUUCAUAUUUCUAAAAAUGUUAAAAGAUCAAUGUUGUAUGUAGCUUGUUCUAGAGCAACAUCAUCGUCUGGACUGUUUUUAGUCGUGAAUUCGGGUAUAUUUGAACCUCCCGCUGAAGUAUUAGAAUCGAGUGCUGUAAGUAUAGAAAUGAAAAGACUAGAGCAAAACAAAUUGGUACCAUAUUUCAAAUUUUUGCAAACUCCUGAAGAUAAUGUAGUUCAAAUUAUUUUUCAUAACGUGCAAUCAUUGCGCAAACAUUUGUCGGACGUCAUCAUAGAUCCUAUUAUCCAUUCCUCCCAUGCAGCAUUGUUUGUUGAAACUUGGGGGUGCUGUAGAGAUACUUUCGAACUUGAUGGAUUUUAUGAGGUGUGCAGAGUCGAUGGUCCAGCUAUAUCUAAUGCAAAUCCAGGUUGGGGAUCUAUCGCGUAUGUACGUCGCAGUCUCAAAGAUGCCGUGACAGAUGGAUCAUGUAAAAAAUAUUAUUUAAAUAACCCAGGCGCUGCAAACGGCCAUUGUGAAUGCUUGCAUUUUGAAAUGUUUAAUGUCAGAGUGAUAAAUGUAUAUAGGUCACCACAAUGUCCAAUUAAUGUUGCAAUAGAAUGCAUAAAUACAGCAAUAUACGACAACAACCUCAAUAGGUAUACAUCAUGUUCUCGUCUGAUUGCUGUGGGAGACUUCAAUAUCGAUUUUAGAAUGAAUCCCCAAAAUGGAAUUUCCACAUUUUUUUCAUCCCUAAACAUGUUUCCGUUAAUAAACACUAGCACUACACGAAGUAGUACAACUAUAGAUAACGUUUUUUCGAACUUCAAUGUUCAAUGUGGUACUAAUCAUACCUUUUUCAGUCACCAUUUACAAAUCUGGUUCAAAUUUAAUUCUUAA